UGCGUUUGGCAUCGCAUAGGCCCCGCGUGUUUUCCUUCCCCGCACGUGGUUCCCCUGCCGCCGCCGUUUUCUUCCCGUGAAAAGAUGGAGGCUGCGAUCUUUCGGUUUUGCAUAUCGCUGGAUAUCAACACCGGCUGUCGGGAAGGCGAUCUUCAUCAAGCCGGGUGUGGGGGAGGAAAGUGCAUCCUCAACAGUUCAGCAGAACACCACGAUGUGAAGAGCUGCUUCGUCAACUGCGUGCUCAAGAACGGCUGCACCUGCACCGGUACCAGCCAAGGUGAGCCAGGCGGCGGCGGCAGCGCAGCUCCGCUGCCGCUAGGCCUGCCGGCAAUCUUGGACAAGACGGUGCGUGUAACUGUCCCAAGGCCUAAGGUUUCCGCCAAGAGCCCCGAUGAGGAGGAAGAGCUUCUCUUCGAGCUCACCUUUGAUCCUUCUGUGCCUCGAAUAAGGCCCAUCCAUGUCAAGCUGAAUGCACCUAGGGAUGGAGCGGCACUCAACAGGUACAGCAAGCUCCACUCUUUGGGAGUCGUCAACUCGGUGACGGAUGCCGAACGCGUAGCUGGGAAGGCGGUGCUCAGGUAUGGAAUAGGGAAGAAGGUGAAAGAUCUGCGUGCAGAUGGCGACCAGACAAUUGAGGUGUCUUUCGUGCCAAGUCCUGAUUCUACAUUGGUACCACCUACUCUACGUGAUGUUAAAGUUGUUUACCGGCGUAAGUAGUUCCUAUUGUGUAUAAGAAGGGAUGCUUGUGUUGUUUGUAUGUCUUGCAGUGUCGAAUGUAGUCGUUAAUGCAUGUGCCUCCUGUAUGUCCCAGAUCAAUUCAUUGUCCAUUAUGUUGUAAAAAUAGUAAUACAAAAACUUGCAGGUGUUGCCUGUGAAACUGUUUUUGAGCUCAGCUCAUCUUUAA